AUGUCCCGCACCAUCACCCGCACCAAAACCACCACCCAGACGCGGACUGCCAGGGACAGCCAGGGGGAGACGCUCUACUACGUCGAGUACGCGCGGAGCGGGAGGUCGUCCUGCCGCGAGUGCCGCGACAAGAUCCCCAACGCCGGGCUGCGCCUGGGGGAGCAGGCGCAGGUGGAGCGCAACGCCUGGUCCUGGCGCCACUGGGACUGCGUGAGCGACACGCUGCUGCGCCGCGUGGGCGGCACCGCCACGCUGCGGGGCCUGCUCCAGCUGGAGCCCCAGGACCGCGCCAUGGUGGAGCGGCGGUACAUGUACAUCAAGCGCUAG